AUGAUGACAACAAUAGAAAAAGAAUCAAUAACAUUGAUGUUAACAACAAGGACUACAAAAACAUCAUCAGCGACUAUAACUACAAAACUAUCAACGGCAACAACUAAAGAAUCUUCAAUAACAAAAACAACAACAGCAACAGAAUUAUCAAUCAAAACAACUAUAGAAUCAUCAUCAACAACAACUACACAAUUAUCAACAAAAACAACUACAGAAUCAUCAAUAGCAACAACUAUAGUACCAUCAAUAACAACAACUGCAGCACCAUUAACAACAACAACAACAAUAACCAAAGAAUCAUCAACAACAAUAGACACAGAACCAUCAACAACAACAACUAAAGAACCGUUAGCAACAAUAAUAACUACAGAACCAUCAUUAACAGGGCCACCAGAUAUGUAUGGCGAUGCUGUGGUUGUCGCUGUCGGCGAAGAAGCUUCAUUUCAUUUUUUUCCUCUCAGCGGUCGCUCGGCUGCUUGGAAUGCAUCUUUAAUUAUGAGGAUAAAUUAA